UCCUCGGUACCCCAGAUCUCCCCUUACCGCCCCCUCCCCUCCUUGAGGACGUCGAGGGCGCCCUGGGAGGUGCCUUCCCACCGCCCCCUCCCCCAAUCGACGACCUGUUUCCCUCCGCACCCCUGGAGGAGGAGAUCUUCCCUACCCCACCGCCUCCACCGGAGGAGGGGGGGCCCGAGGCCCCGGCCCCGCUCCCACCGCAGCCCAGGGAGAAGGUGAGCAGUAUCGAUCUGGAGAUAGACUCUCUGUCCUCGCUGCUGGAUGACAUGACCAAGAAUGAUCCCUUCAAAGCCCGGGUGUCAUCUGGAUAUGUACCCCCACCUGUGGCCACUCCGUUCAUUUCCAAGACCAGUACUAAGCCUGCAGCUGGGGGCACGGCACCCUUGCCUCCUUGGAAGGCUCCUUCUAGCUCCCAGCCUGUGCCCCAGGCUCCGGCUCCCAGCCAGGCACAGUUCCACAUGCAGCCCCAGCCUCAGCCCCAGCCCCAGGCCAAGCCUCAGGUCCAGCUCCAUGUCCAGCCUCAGCCUCAGCCUCAGCCUCAGCCUCAGCCCCAGCCCCAGCCUGUGCCUUUGGUUAACAGCCAGUCUCGAGGUCCCCCAGUCCCAAAGUUUUCUCCAGUGACUCCCAAGUUUACUCCUGUGGCUUCCAAGUUCAGCCCUGGAGCUCCAAGUGGACCCGGGCCACAGCCCAAUCAAAAGCUGGGGCCCCCUCAAGCUCCCUCUUCCACUGGCACAGGCUCCCCUCAGCCCCCCAGCUUCACCUAUGCUCAGCAGAGGGAGAAGCCCCGAGUGCAGGAGAAGCAGCAUCCAGUGCCCACGCCAGCUCAAAACCAAAACCAGGUGCGCUCCCCUGGGGCCCCAGGACCUCUGUCUCUGAAGGAGGUGGAGGAGCUGGAGCAGCUGACCCAGCAGCUCAUGCAGGACAUGGAGAAUCCUCAGCGGCAGACCGUGACUGUCAGUGAGUCCUGUGGCCGGUGUCACCAGCCCCUGGCACGUGCGCAGCCCGCAGUUCGUGCUCUGGGACAGCUGUUCCACAUCACCUGCUUUACCUGCCACCAGUGUGAGCAGCAGCUGCAAGGACAGCAGUUCUACAGCCUGGAGGGGGCACCGUACUGUGAGGGCUGCUACACUGAUACCCUGGAGAAGUGCAACACCUGUGGGCAGCCCAUCACUGACCGCAUGCUGAGGGCCACGGGCAAAGCCUACCACCCUCAGUGCUUCACCUGUGUGGUCUGCGCCUGCCCCCUGGAGGGCACCUCCUUCAUCGUGGACCAGGCCAACCGGCCCCACUGCGUCCCUGACUACCACAGGCAGUACGCGCCCAGGUGCUCUGUCUGUGCAGAGCCCAUCAUGCCUGAGCCUGGCCGGGAGGAGACUGUGCGAGUGGUCGCCCUGGACAAGAACUUCCACAUGAAGUGCUACAAGUGUGAGGACUGUGGCAAGGGGCUGUCCAUUGAGGCGGACGACAAUGGCUGCUUCCCCCUGGACGGCCACGUGCUCUGCCGGAAGUGCCACACAGCCAGAGCCCAGACCUGAGUGAGGACUGGCCCCUUCUCCACAGGGAGUUCAUUCCCCAUCAGCCCGACCACCCACAGAGAGCACCCUGCUGCUCCACUGGCCCCGCCCCCUGAGUUAUUUUUUUAUGUCUAGCCCCUCCCUCCAUUCCAAACCUCACCCAGUAUACCAAGGACCCUGAUUCAGGGCCCCAACUGGACCCAGGCUGCAGAGUCCCAGCCCUGGGUUUCCAGUUCUCUCCCAUCCUGCAGGGACCUCCCACCACCCUCCAGGUACCCCACCUGAGGGUCGCCAGGUUGAGCGCUGCUGCUUUCACUGCUGCACCGCUGGCCCCCCGAGCAGCCUCUACUCUGCUUGCUGAGGGCCAGGAGUCCCCAAGCCCCAGGGAGUCUGGGCUGGGUUGGGCUCACUGGCCUGGACAUUCCCACCCACCCCCAUGCUGCCAGGUUGUGGCUACAGCUAUAAAUAAAAACACCUUGUUUUCCAGAA